AUGGCUAAGCGGCGAGGAAAGAAUGAUUACCAUAUUGGGUGGAUAUGCGCAUUGUCGGUGGAGUUCAAGGCGGCCAUCGAGAUGUUAGAUGAGGAACACCCCGAAAUGCUCUGCGAUAUCCUCGACAAUAAUAAAUACAGAUUUGGUCGAAUUGGCCAUUGUAACAUCGUUCUUGUCUGCCUACCAGCCGGCGUGUAUGGAACCAAUGCUGCCGCCGCUGUAGCUACAAACUUUCGACGAAGUUUCCCGAGAAUCACUGCAAACUUGAUGGUUGGGAUUGGUGGCGGAGCGCCACUGUUACCACAUAACGAUGUGCGACUCGGCGAUGUCGUUGUAGGACUUCCUGGAAAAGACCACGGAGGCAUAUUGCAAUACGAUUUUGGGAAAACGAUUCAAGCGGGAAAGUUCAUAUCAAUUGGGACGAUGAACAUGCCUCCUUCUAUCUUGCUGGGAGCGGUUUCCGACCUUCAGGCCGACUAUUUGACGAGAGUCAAUGCCUUAGAUGAGGCUAUCGAGAAGGCACUCGCCAGUCUACCCGCUGAUGUAGCAGCUAAAUUUUCCUGCCCAAGCGCUGAAACCGAUCGACUCUUUCAAACAAAGUACGACCAUCCCGCCGAAAAUGAAUCCUGCGACCAAUGUAACAAUGGUCAAGUCGUUGUGCGCCAGCCACGCCUCGAAAAUCGAUUCAAUAUCCAUUACGGUCUGAUUGCCUCUGGAAAUCAAGUGAUGAAGUACGGUCCUAAGAGGGAAGAGUUAAGCAGAUCCAAAGAUGUGCUUUGCUUUGAGAUGGAAGCCGCUGGAAUAGUCAACGAACUCCCAACCCUCGUAAUUAGAGGAAUUUGCGAUUAUAGCGACAGUCAUAAAAAUAAAGAAUGGCAACCCUAUGCAGCGUUUUCUGCUGCGGUUUUCGCAAAGGAGACAGUACUGCGGUUGCCUGUUCGAGCUCCGAACGGUAGUACGUUAGACGAAGCCGUCAACUCCGAAUCGUACGAAUGCUUGCGGUAUCUCGAUGCAACAGAUCCUAGAAAUGAUAAGGCUAGGUAUGAGGCGACGAAAGACGAACUUAUCGAAAAGUCGUAUUCUUGGAUAUUAUGUGAUCCAUCAUUCAAAGCUUGGACUUUGAAUAAUGAAAAACCCGUUCUUUGGGUUUCCGGGGGUGCAGGUAAAGGCAAAACAAUGUUGACCAUGGGGAUUAUAGAAUCCUUGGAGCACAGGCCCAGCGAAUCUCACCAGACACCAUUCAAUUCAGUUACAUACUUCUUUUGCCAGGCGACUGACAACAGACGGAAUAGCGCUGCCGCGGUCUUGAAAGGCAUUUUAUACCACUUGAUUCUCAGCGACAAGCAUAAUGUUCUCGUCAGAUACUUGAAAGAAGAAUAUGAUAAAAGUGAACCGGAUUGCCUUUCGGGACCCAAUGCGUUCUAUGUUCUUCAGCGAGUUUUCUUUAAGAUCUUCCAGGACCAAAUCUUUGAGGAGUUUUACUUUUUGGUUGACGCACUUGACGAGUGCACAGAUGGCCUUACCGAGCUACUGAAUUUUGUUUCACGCAGUUUGAUGUUGCCAGAAUCAAGCAAAAUCAAAUGGUUCUUAACGAGCCGUAAUCGGCCUGAUAUCGAGGAACGCCUGGAUAGCAAAGCCUUUCUCCGACGAAUCAGCCUCGAAGAAAAUAAUACGCAGAUUACUGCCGCAGUCAAUGACUAUAUCAACGAAAAGAUUACACACCUAAGCAAAUCAAAGCGUUAUAGCGCCGAAGUCUUUGACCAAAUACAGAAAAUACUACAAGAAAGAGCAGGAAAUACCUUCCUUUGGAUACAUCUUGCAUGUAAAGAGCUAGCGAGAGUCAAAGCUUCUCAAGCGAUCUCAACACUCCAGAAAAUUCCUUCUGGCCUACAAGAAUUCUAUCAAGAGAUGCUGAAUAACAUUGAGAGAACAAAUACCGAAGAAGAUACAGGACUAUGCCGUCAAUUGCUCUCGGCCGUAACCUUAGCAGUUCGUCCGCUGAGCCUAUCCGAGAUGGCUAUCAUUACCGGUCUGCCACCUGAGAUGAAUGAAUACGAUAUGGAGGUCCAAGUAAAACAAUGUGGUUCGUUCUUGAUUGUUCAAGAGAAGACUGUCUUGUUUGUUCACCAGUCGGCAAAGGAUUUUCUUGACAGCUAUGGCUCUGGAAAUAUGAGAAUUUUAGGGUCCACCACACUUACACAGGGUCCACACUACCCGAUUGUUAGCAGAUGCCUAAACCAACUAUCUAAAGAGCUGAAAAUGGAUAUUUGCGAUUUAAAAAUACCAGGGUUUCACAUAAAAUUUUUGAAACCGGAGCAGAUACUACACAUUAAUCAUCUAAAAUAUGCUUGUUGUUAUUGGGUCCAUCACUUUAUAGAGUCGGGAGUGGGAGAGAGAAGUGAGAUCAGAGCACAUAUUUCGAACUUUCUACGAAAACACCUAUUGCAUUGGAUGGAAGCAUUAGUUCUAUUAGGUGCUUCAUCCCAGAUUAUUCUACUCGCCACUGCACUCGAGCGAACUGCAUUGGAAAAUACUGAAGAUUCAAAAUUCUUUUACGACAUCAGGCGAUUUGUUCAAUACCACUACGCUACGAUCGCCGAAGCUCCCUUACAAAUCUAUUCCUCUGCUAUUUUAUUUUCCCCCAAAGAGAGCAUCGUAGCGAAGUUAUUUUCUGAUUCCAUUCCGGACUGGGUUAUAGCGGUUGGAGGAGGAGAGAACAUCGAUAAGGGUUGGGGACCAUUGAUUAAGACAUUUAGGACACGCCCGCCGGUUGAUCUCACCCUGUCUCGCCGUUUAGGUAUCGACAGGGUGACUUUAAUUGCCGUUUCGGUUGAUGGUAAAUAUCUAGCCUCUUCCCCGGCAUCAAGUAAUUCGAACGGUAUCACGAUAUGGGAUUUUACCUCUGGGGUAAUACUAAAAGAGCUCGAAGGUCAUUCUGGAACCGUCAGGGCACUAGCUUUUUCGGCAUCUACUGCAGAGUUAGCAUCUGCAUCCGAUGAUACUAGUAUCAGAAUAUGGAAUAUCAUGUCUGGGGAGAAUCAGCUUCUAUUCCAAGGGAGAGAUAUAAUUAGCCUAGCUUGGUUAGUUGGGAAUAAUGAACUUAGGACUACUGGGCGCAAUUUCUACAACCUAGGCUUGUGCAAUAUGAGACUAGGCUUGCAUUUGACUAUUCAGUCUGACUUUGGGGAGAUACUUUGCUAUCUGUGCAAGGACGAGCUUAUAGCAUAUGGAUCGGAGAGCGGUUCCAUCUUGAUUUGGAACACGAACACUAGGAGACUAUCGCGUUCUUUUCGCCAAUUCGAUACACCGGUAACAUGUUUAAGGGCUUCACCAAAUGGUAGUCAGCUAGCCUCAGGGUCUGUCAAUGGGGUUAUCCGAUUGUUGGACGUGCACUCGGGAACGCUAAUACAGACCUUCAAACUUCAAAAUACAAAAUUCCCAAUCUACAGUAUUGAUUUCUCGCCGGACGGUACGCAGCUAGUAUCAGUAUCUUCGACCCUAUCAAAAAACAAAAUAUUUCAGAAAUCGGAGCCCGUGCCCGUAGUUAAUCUCUGGGAAAUAUCUUCCGGCACAGUUCUGAGAAAGCAGAUAAUCCCCCCUCAAAAUAACGAUCACAACUAUUUUCCCAAGAUGUCUUCCCGGGUGAUUUUCUCGCUCGACGGGCUUAGUGUGUAUCUCGGGGUCUGUAGGGGCGCUACGAGAUCGGCGAAAUUUUACAUUUGGGAUCUUGCCUCCGAAAAGAUGCUUGUGUGCUUAUUCGAGGCGCUAUCAGUGUCCUACCCAUUUGCGAUAGUUCCUUAUCGGCUCCAAUUCGUGGCGACCCAAGGCUUUGAUAUCAUGCAAUACGACAUGGCUUUACCUGCAUCGGCCACAGUGAGGCGCACUUCGAAGCCUGGACCAAUGACUAUGCGUGCUCUCGCAAUUUCACCUGAUGGCAAAAUGCUUGCGUCUAUCCAGGCGGAGCCUCCAGCUCCUAUAAGAAAAACCAGAGGUCACACUAUUCGUUUGCUAAACUUGGAUUCGAAUGAGAUUGUUUGGACAUCGAAACUGAGACCACCCAAUGAUAGCGAAGUUAUUCGGUUGGAGUUUUUGCCGGACGGAAGGCUUCUCUUAAUACCGGCAGCAUAUCAAAUGUUACCAAUUUCGCUCCCUAUUCUUUGGGCUACAGCUUCUGGGAGAUUACUGAGCUACCCGUCAAUCAUUUACAACAAAAAUGUCACCUCUAUUGCUUUCUCCUCUGAUUCGAAAGUGGCAAUGGCGCUAGGCUGCCCAAUCUCUAGUACGAUUAUGAUUUGGGAUACAGAGGAUGCUAUGAUGACUAUUCUAUCCACACAUCAUGAAGGAUUUCCUAGCAUUCCCAUAAAAAAACUAAACCGGGACCAGAAGUUUCCACCACCUACCCACACGCUCACUGACCACAAGAGAGAUAUUUAUUUCCUACAAUUCUCCGCUGAUGGUACAAAGUUGAUGUCGGUGUCUGAUGAUCGUGCAAUACAACUAUGGGAUGUUUCUACUGGAACCUUGCUUUCUACGUGUGUCGAUGACAAUGGUAGUUAUAACGCGUACCAGAACAUUACAGGGAGUGGAAUUUUGCGAUUCAAUUCUCACUCCAAACAAUUUGCAUUACUAGAUUCUAUGUCGGGAAAAACAAAGCCGCUAUUCAACUUAAACGCAUAUCGGGAGGGUUUUAUAAAUAUGCGCCUCCUUCAGAAUGGGCAGUUGAAACUAUUCGCCGCGUUGAGCCCCUCCGAACUUUACACCUUGGAUCCACAAACUGGCAUCUGUUCAAGGGUUAUUGAAGCAGAUUGGUUGAAAGACGGCGAUGUUAAUCUUCUAUAUUUACCGAGGAAAUAUCAACCGGAGAUGAUUGACCUUUCAAAUAUGUCUGGCCGAACCACGAUCGUGCUUGGAACUAGUAAGGGUUUUUUUCUCGUUUUAAGACUGCCUAGUCCUUCUACACAGUCUACCGACUUAUAA